GCGUGUGGCACUGGGAACUGGGAGCGUUGGGCAUGCGCUGUAGAUAGGCGUGGCGAGAGCGAGACCUUGAGCCUAGAGCCAGAAGACAGCGGCUUUACGGUUAUAAAGAACUUUUAUAAGUUCACAUUUGAGACGUACAUAAUUUAUGAUCUAAUCUUCAUAUAAGGAAUCUGCGGUCAUGUCCAGCUGUUCUGUACCUGCUAGACCCACAGACCCAAUGGCUGUCCCACCGUCCUACUGUGACCUGGGGAAAUCCGCCAGGGAUGUAUUCAACAAAGGAUAUGGAUUUGGAAUGGUCAAGUUAGAGCUGAAGACCAAGUCUUCCAGUGGAGUGGAAUUUACCACCACUGGUUCCUCCAACACAGACACAGGCAAGGCCUCAGGCAGCCUAGAGACCAAAUACAAGAUCAAGGACUAUGGACUUACAUUCACCCAGAAAUGGAACACAGACAACACCCUGGGGACAGAGGUGUCCAUGGAGGAUAAGUUAGCUGAGGGAUUGAAGUUGACUCUUGACACCAUAUUUGUACCAAACACAGGAAAGAAGAGUGGGAAAUUGAAGACCUCUUACAAACGGGAGUACGUAAACCUAGGCUGCAACAUUGACGUUGACCUUUCUGGACCAACCAUCCAUGGCUGGGCUGUGUUGGGCUAUGAAGGCUGGCUUGCUGGUUAUCAGAUGGCUUUUGAUACAGCCAAGUCUAAACUAUCACAGAAUAACUUUGCAUUAGGAUACAAGGCAGGAGACUUCCAACUACACACUAAUGUGAAUGAUGGCACUGAAUUUGGUGGGUCAAUCUAUCAGAAGGUUAACGAUAAAGUUGAGACAUCGGUAAAUCUUGCUUGGACUGCUGGCAGUAACAAUACCCGUUUUGGCAUUGCCACUAAGUAUCAGCUGGAUGAAAAUACUUCCAUUGCGGCUAAAGUGAAUAAUGCCAGUCUGAUUGGAAUUGGUUACACUCAGACCCUUCGACCUGGUGUGAAGCUGACACUCUCAGGUUUGGUUGAUGGCAAGAACUUCAGUGCUGGUGGUCACAAGGUUGGGCUGGGCUUUGAGCUGGAGGCUUAAUGCAGUUUUAAGUGGAACAGCAGCUCUGUUCCUGGAGAUGAAGGGGGGGGGGGGAAA